AUGAGUAUAAGAAAUAAAAAGAUUAAAUUAGUAGAAGAAUUGUUUGGAGAGAUGUGUGAGAAUAGAUUGAGGUAGAGUAAAUAAGAAAAUUGAAUAGAUUGUAUGAAAUAAUAAAAAAAUUUGAAAAGGAUGGAGAGAUGAGAUAAGAGAUGUUAGAAAAUUGUAAUAGAAAGUAGUUGAUAGGAUGUUAAUAAUAUUAUAAGAAAAUGGGUAUAAAUAUUAAUAAAUUAAUUAUAUACAUAAGCAUAAAUCGAUCCGUUUUUAAAAACAUUAAAUAAAUAAAUGCAAAAAUUAGCUAUCUUGACAUUGGUUCUUGCUCUUGCAGCUGCUAAGUUUGUAGAUACACAUGCAAGCUUGGCUUAAAUUGAUGCUAAUCCAUUUGGAAAUGUAGUGUUAUCAGCAAUCAAAGCACACUUGUAAGCUUAAACACCAGCCAAUGAAGUUAAUAUGUUAUUGAACGGUGUUGCUGCUGGAUUAUAAUAAGAUUAAAAUGACCAUGACCAUGCUUUUGAACUUGAUACAACCACAAACAAUAGAGUAAGAAUAAGAAACAAUAUAAUAGAUUGUUGAAGAUUUAGAAAAGGAAAUCUUGUAUCACUAAAAUUAAAUCUCAUCAAAUACAUAAUUGAGAGAUGACACAAUUGAAGCUUUGGCUGUUUCUGAAGAAGAUAUUAGAGUCGUUAUUUAAGACAUUGCAACAAAUGAAUAAACUUAUGCUAGAGAAGAAGCUACAAGAAAUUAAUAACACGAAACCUUUGUUGCUAAGGUUGCUGCUAUUGAUGAUGUUAUUGAUGCUAUUGAUGAAGCUGCUAAACUCAUCUAACAUUUAAGUUUAGGUGCAUCAUUUGUCUAAGUUAAAUCAAAGUAUGAAACAGUUCACAAGAGACUUACAGACAAUACAUCACAUAGUCAACUCUUAUAAGUAAAUAUAUAUUCUUAUAUAUUUUUAUUAUAGCCAGUUGUUGUUGCUCUUACUGAAUUAGCUACACAUGGAGUUAACUAAAAGGCUUUAACCAAAAUUGCUUAAUUAUUGAGUGAAAUUAGAUAAUAAUUAGUAUAAGAAAAAGCUGCUAAAACUGNCGAGCAAGUGCUGCAGCUCUAACAUACAUCCAAUCUUAGUCAAUUGGUGAGAUUUCUUUUCCAAGUCCUGUCUUGA